AUGCAAGCACCAAAGGCUUACAACUAUACACAGGAAGAAAUCAACGGUCUCCACGCCGUUUUCAACCAAAUUGACACAGAUCACAACGGCCUUGUUAAUCAGCCAGAAUUCUACAACUUCUUAGUUCAAGCCCAGAUGGAUACACGUUUCAUCAAGGCUACAUACAAAGUUUUCGAUGAAAAUCACGAUGGAAACCUCUCAUUCGAAGAAUUCCUUGCCUACCUUGAUGCUUGCAACAAAUCUGGAGCUGAUCCAAGAUAUUUAUUCAGACUCAUCUAUCAGGCCGUCGAUACAGAUAACGAUGGCUACUUAAGUUGUGACGAGCUCGUUGUCUUCACAGAUCUUUGCGGUCAGUCAAUGUCAAGAUCUCAGGUUGAUGAGGAACUUAAGAAGAUUGAUGUUGAUUCUAAUGGAAAGAUUGAUUUCAAUGAGCUUUGCAGAGCUUUCUCCAUUUAA